CAUUCGCCUCUGACAACGUCCCUUCCUGGUCUCAUUUGUGUUGCAGCGCGGCGGCAGGUACUUGAUCGAUUUCCUCCCCUCUUCCCUUCCCUUCCUCAUCGCAUCCAUCACCCACUCUCGUUUCUACGCAGGCAAACACACUCCGGUCUCGACCGCAUUCACUCGCUACCACCCGCGCAAGAAACCAACAAGAAUCACCAUUUCCAUCAAGAUGCAGUUCGCUAUCGCAGCUCUCGGCCUCGCUGCCGUCGUCUCGGCCUCGUACGCUCCAUCGUACGGCCCUCCCAAGAACGCCACCACCACCCACGGCCCAAGCUACACCACCGAGGUCGUGACCAGCUACGAGACCUUCUGCCCAUCGGCCACGUCGAUCGAGCACAACGGCGUCACCUACACCGUCACCGAGGCCACCACCUUGACCAUCACCAACUGCCCAUGCACCGUGACCAAGCCCGUCUACACGUCAGUCGUCACUGCCUGCAGCACAUGUGCUCCUCCUCCAGCUGAGACUCCAAAGACUCCAGAGACUCCAAACAGCCCAGUGCAGCCACCAGUGCAGCCACCGGCUCCUCACUACCCAUCCAACAACACUACUCCAGCUCCUCCAUCUUACCAGCCACCAGCUGGAACUGCUCCUGGUGCUUACGUUCCUCCAGCUAGCACCAGCCCAAUUGCUCCAGCUUACACCGGUGCCGCUUCCAAGGCCUCGUUCGGUGUUGCCGGUAUCAUGGCCGCUGCUGGUCUCAUUGCCGCUCUCUAAACGCAUCUCUCGAACGUGAGAUGGUGCGCACGGAGCUGAGAGGCAGUGAUGUAUAAACGGCAGUCACGAUAGAGCGGCAUCGACAUUGGCUGGAAAAUCCCCCCCUUGCAGCUGGUCAUGACGAUCCGCAUGACAAUCGACAAGCGCAUUUUGAAUUACCAUUGUAUUCGACACAUGCACAUUUUGUCAAUUUAAUGAAACGCCGGACACGGCGGCUACGUUGGGUGUUUUUAUCGACUUCUGAUGGCGGUGGCGUUUCUGGAGGCGUAGCAUGGCCCUCCACCAAUUGACCUCGACGACGAGAAAGAUAUGCUACGACGGAAAGAACCUGUACUUAAUGCCGUCACUAGAAGACGAGUUUUAACCCACC